GGCCAGAAGUCAUCUCAAAUUCAUCCCAAGGAUGUCUAUACAUAAUGACUAAAAUCAAUCCUGCAUCCACUGUUUUCAUCUCAGAUGAUGAUGACUGUGAUGAUCUCAUUGAGAGUGUACAAGGAAUUGGUAACCAACCUAAAGACGAAAAGAGUGAUGCUGUUUGUGAAACUGUUUUAAAUCAUACGUAUCCCUUGUCAGCAACAAGUGUCGAAUCAGCCGUAGCUGUAACCACAUCUUCUUCAUCUUUUACUUCAACAGUUUCACUUAGUCAAAACUCUUGCUAUAGGUCAUACGUUAAUUUACUAUGCCCAGAGCCCAUUGAAGUUAGUACGGAGGAAGACAAUGAAGAACUUCAGGCUGCUAUAGAAAACAGCUUGCACUCUCAAAAUGAAAUGGAAGGAAAUGAAAAUCUAACUGUUGAGAUACUACUCACAGAGCAUGUCGGACUUAAAGUGAUUGGUCAGCCGUCUGAUGUGGGCGUACCCAAGAAUCUUAUCAAUGUCAGGCGUAAGCAUGUUUUUGAUGAUGGCCUGGCUAAAAUGUCAAGAUCAAGAUUUGAUCCUUCAAUGCCAUUGUCUGUAAAGUUUGCUGAUGAGAUGGGGUCAAGCGAAGGAGCAGUUGAUCUUGGUGGGCCAACCAGAGAGUUUCUUCGCCUAGCAAUUGAAGAAGCUUUCUCAUCUAAUGCUUUUGUUGAGGUGUCUUCUGGCAAAGUUAUUGUUGUUAAUCAAGAAGGUAAAUUAUAUUACUCUGACUAA